GUUCCUUCCUUUGGUCAACACAGUAGUCAUACACACUAAUGGAUAUGGGGCAUUCUUCUGCUUCUUCAUCCCUUCCAUGGAUUUGGGUGAUUGAAGCCUUAGCAAAAGAGAAGGAAGUUGAUAUGUCUGUAUUAACCGAUUUAGCUGCGAAGACACCUGAAAUAUUUGAUGAAGUAGGAAAAGAUGCUAGGAACAUCCUUCUUUUGAGAUGCUUGGAACGCUUUAAUGCUACUGGUUUAACUCCUAACAUUGAGAUUGAUAAAUUAACGGAUCAUGAAGAUAUUCGUCAUAUGUUUACAAGUGAGAAGUUCCCUGCGAUAAAUGAGGGAUCAGAUAUUCAGACCCUUAUUCAGAACAUAAGACGCAGUUUGCCUAAAUCUGCUUUAGAACGUAUAAAAGAUGUAAUUUGUGAAGGUCGUCAUCCAAUCCCUGAAUUCUUGAAGAAAAGCAGUAGAUUAUCAACGAAUGAUGAUUUAUUAGAUAAUCUUGAAGCUGCAGUUCAACUCAAAGGGAAAGAAAAAGUCCAUAGUGGCCAGGUAACUUCAAUGCGAAGAAAGCUGCCUCUCAGUGCACAUUCUAAUCAGAGCCAAGAUCCAAUAAAGAUGUACCAUGUUUCCUCUCAGUGCAAAAGGAUUGAUCCAACAUCACAUAAUAAAUUGCCAGAACACCUGAAUGCCGGAAAUAGUUCUAAGGAUGAGAGUGAUUCCCUUUUACAUGUUGCCAAGAAGGCUAAAGAUGCUGCUGGUAAGAAAAAUGAAGCGACAGAGGAUGUAUCUGCAAUGGUUUCAAAUGAACUGUCAGAGAAUUUGCUUGAGACAGAUUCCUGUUUACAUAUUGCCAAGAAGGCUAAACCUGCUGUUAGCAAGAAAAAUGAAACCACUAAGGAUGUAUCUGCAAUGGUUUCAAAUGAACUGUCCGAGAAUUUGGUAGAGCCGACAGUUAUAUCCAAAGUGGAUAAAUUGGAUAGACUGAGGUCUAAGGAGGUUAGCCAUGAUGAUGGUUCUGGAAAGAACAACUUUUUGAAGGAAAAAAACAUUGAUCAUCCAAUAGGACCAUCAGUUUGUUCUCUCGUUGACAGAGCCAAAAUGAAGUGUGUUGAUGUUGAUGAUGAUGGAGAAACUGAGGGCGAUGGUGAUGGCAUUGAUGAUGAAAAUAUUGAGAUUGAAAAACAAAGAUUCCUGAAAUCUCAGGGCACAUUUAGUGAAGACACUUUUUCAGCAACUCAAAAUACAGAGUUAAAUCUCUGUAUAAAGUGUAACAGAGAUGGACAGUUGCUGAUUUGCAAAACAAGAACCUGUACAAUUGUUGUCCACCCAAGUUGCUUAGGUUAUGAUGCCCCCUCACCCUUUUAUUGUCCAUUUUGUGCAUAUUCUAAUGCCUUUUCUGAGUAUCUUGAAUCAAAGAAACAGUUAUCCUUAUCAAGGAAAUCUCUUAGAGCUUUCAUUGCAGUUGAGCUGAAAAGAUAUGUUGAGAAGGGAAAUAAACAGUCUACUCAUAAUAAGCAUCAAAAGGAAACUUUGGAAUCAUGUCUUGGUGAUGUUGAGAAGGGAAAAAAACAGUCUGCUCAUAAUAAGCAUCAAAAGGAACCUUUGGAAUCAUGUCUUGGUGGCAAUCAGCGUUCUCGAAGAUCAUCUGGUGUAAUAGAUGAGGAAUAUGUUGGGUCUGAGUGUGAAACUGAACAUAACUUGAGAGGUGAACAGAUUACUAAGAAGAUGGUGGUGAUUAAUGUUGAAGAAGAUGAUGACAUUCUAGAAGAUACAAACAAACCAAGGGAGAACUGUGUUAGCUGUAAGAUGGAAGAAAUUAUAUUUUGCUAUGAUUGGAAAUUGCUUCUUGUAUCCCUACAUAGGGUUAUAUUUUGCGGUUGUAAGAUGGAAGCAAUUAUUUUGUGA